AUGAUACUUUCCGGAACACCUAUAGCAGCAAUUCGGUGUACAGCUCCAAUUUCAGUCAAUCCAGGUACUAAUGACAGCUCAGCGAAUCCCGCAAUUUUCGGCGAGCUCCUGAUAUCUUCCAAUGUUCACACACCACAUCGACCAAUAGUUACGAUUCGAAAUCUUUCAGCAGCAACAGCAGAAACUCCAACAGUUACUAUUCCAGGGGCUGCAGAAGAAUCAAAUUUCAUUUCGACAAACCUAAUUUUGAAUGGCAAUUCGCCAUCGGCUUUUCGACCGAUUUUCCCAUCAACUUCUUCAGAUUCAUUUGUCAUUACAACCCUCAGUUCUCUUGUUUCUCCAUCAGAUCAUGAAAAUGUCAACAGUGAAAGAAAUCACAACCAUCAUCAUCAUCAACAACAACAACAACCAGAACAACAGCAACCAGAACAACAACAGCAACAAAAAUCACAACAGAGUGACACUACCUUAAGUGCUGACUAUGUUGCUACAACGAGUAAUAAUUACUUGUGUCAAGUCUGCGGCGAUAGAGCAUCCGGUUUCCAUUAUGGUGUUUUUGCUUGCGAAGGUUGCAAGGGCUUUUUUCGCCGUUCUAUUCAGCAGAAAAUCCAGUAUCGUCCGUGUACUAGGAGUCAGCAAUGUAUUGUUGCCCGGAACAAUCGUAAUCGUUGUCAACAUUGCAGGCUGCAAAAAUGUAUCAGAGUAGGAAUGUCAAGAGAAGCCGUUCGAUUCGGUCGUGUACCGAAGCAUGAAAAAGUCCGUAUGGCUGAGGAAUUGGCUCGCGUUACAGCACGCACACUAACUGAUGCAGUUCAAAGUGCACUUACAGAUAGUGAUUCGGUAGUGGAAUCCUGCUUUACUGGUUUUUCUCGCCUAAUAGACAAUGUAAAGAAGCUUCUUCAUAAACCUCCUGCACAAAGCGUCUGUCCUGUCGGAAGGGUAAAUGCUCAUCAUGCAAUUAAAGCAGCUUACGAUUUCUCUCAGUCAAUUCCGGGAUUCAGCAUACUGCAUCAUCAGGAUCGAGUUCAGCUAUUGAGGGGUACAUUAUUCCAAACGGUUGUGCUAGCAAUGCUCUCAUCAUUUAACUGCGACAAAGCUCUAUUGACGCUUCAAUCGCCAAUUGGACAUGUCCACCAAUAUUUCUACUCACCUUUAAAUGUUUUUUUACAAAAAUUUAACGCAUUAAAAUUAACUAAUCAGCAGGUAGCACUUAUUGGUGCUGCAGGCAUGUGCAUUUCCGAUAAACCCCUCAUGCACCCUGAACUGGCUGCACUUAUUCACAAUCGUUUAAGUGAUCUGUUCCAAGAAACGUUCUCGAAAGAAUGUCGUGCUGCAGCUCCACAGCUUUUGCAUACCGUCUUGUAUGAGCUGAGAAUGCAAAAUACAGUGCAUCAGCAAAGUCUUGAAGCGAUAACUAUUUGGCCUUCUACUUGUUGUUCCUCAUCAUCGUCUGUUGCGUCUACUUCCGAUGAUAGUGUUGUCUCAAAUACCGUGAAAACAGGUAUCAAUGAUAAUGCAUCACAAAAUGUUGAAACCGAGUUGUUAGUAUUAGGAAAUUCAGGGCUUAUGUCAGGACAACAACCAGAACAACCGUUACAGGAAUUAAUUUCGCCACUUUCUGUUGAAAAUCAAUCGUACGAUGAUAUAGAAAAAGAACAGACAAAACCAAGUUGUAGCCAACGUAAAUCCGAGAAUAAUCCAUUGCAAUCAAGUACUCUAUUCCGAGUUCAACCAUCCAUUGUUGAAUCUCAUCGUUCUGUUGCCUCAUUGCUGAACCAACCACCCAUUUUACCAAUAGCGGUAACUGCAAUACGAACUACUUUUGCUCAGAAUUGUCAAUCGGCAUUAUUAUAUCGAGCGGCAACACCAAUCUUUCGAAAUAUCGCUCUACACGACACGGAGGUAUCAAAUGAGAUAGUAGGAUCAGUAGAUGAAGAGCCGCUAGAUCUAAGUGUGAAACGUUGA